AUGGCGGACAGGGUCCACAAAGAAGUUGCGCUCAUCGACGACCAGAUUAAGAUCCUGGAUGACGAGUUGGCUGCGUUGGAAAAGCGUCGCCUGGAGAUCGAGCAAGAAAAGGAAGAGCUCAACAAGUCCCGUAUUGCUGCGCUCUCGAGGACGGCACCCAUCAAUCGAAUGCUCCCAGAACUCCUCAGCAGUAUUUUUGAAUAUGCUGUGGAUGGUGAAGAUCCGCUUGGCACCGAGCUCCCGCUUACGCUGGUCACCAUCUCCCACCUUUGGAGGAAAGUGGCUCUUGAGACGCCACGUGUCUGGGGACGUGUCGUCCUCAAAGUCGAAGACGAGUCGGAAGCAAGGCCGAUGCUCCGACGUGCGCAAGCCUUCCUCGAGCGAGGAAAGGUCACGCCAAUCGAUGUCUUUUUCGACAUUUUGCAAUGGGGCCGCAACGACGAUCGACAAAGUAUGGUUAAAGAGAUGGUGGAUAUGCUCGUGGGACACAUCGAAAGAUGCACUCGGUUCAUCGUGCGAGUGCGCGAGGAGGACGAUGUCAAAGCCGUCCUAUCAACAUUUCCCUCGCGAUUCCCAAAGACUCUCGCCGAGUUUUCCCUCGAAUCACGGGAGAGUGUCCGUUUGGACAUGCCCGUAAUGCCCAACUUGGCCUCAUUGUCCCUCGACGACGUUGGGCCUCGAAACGGAUGGACGUCAGAGCAUCUUCAGCACCUGAAGUCGAUAUCGCUGCGCUACUUCAGACCAAUUCAAUUCGACUCUUUCCUCACCGCCCUUGAAUCUGCCAAGGAUAACCUCGAGGAGCUGCAUCUCUCCAAGUGCGGGUUCUCCUUCGACUCAAAUACAUUCAUGUUCUUUACCACCGAUCGUCGGCCUUGCUUCCCGCGCCUCAGGAAAAUCGGCAUUACAGAUAUCAAUGCGAGCGACACGGAUGUCCUUUUUGACGCGAUUGAGGCUCCCGCUUUGGAGCACCUCUUCAUCGGGAUGGAGAACUCGCGCCUCCGUUACUUCAAGUUCAUGGAUUCCGACGCGGGGACUUCUUUGCGUCGAUGCAGAGUGAAGAAGCUUGAGAUUGAAGAAGCGCAAAUUGAGGGUGCGGAGACUCGCGCCCUUCUUGUUCUUCUCAAAGCCGCUAGUCACUCUCUCGAGGAUCUGAGCAUCAGUGGUGGUGAACUCGACUCGCGAUUCUUCCACGCCAUGCAAGUCGAACCAUCGAUGCUGCCCCACCUACAAUUUCUUUCUAUCAAAAAGCUCUCCGAGUUCACCGGACGAGAGCUACUCCGGAUCAUUCGUGCCAGGCAAGGUCGCGAUGGUAUUACUCCACUAUCGAGCAUCUGCGUUGAGCGUUGUCGAUCAUACGAACACGAUGUUAGUGACGCACUCAAGACGAUGGACAUCAAGUUCAGUUUUAUUCCUUACUAG